AUGCCUACCAAAAAUCAAGCCCUGGUCUUCAGCAAGAUCCCCAAGGAUUUCCCCGUGCCUGGUGAGCAUCUGACGAUCAAAGACGUCGGGUUCGAUCUCGACCAAGAGUUACCGCCGCACAGUCUAAUCCUGGAGACUCAAUAUGUCUCCUUUGACCCAUACUUACGAGGCCUGUUGCGCGACCCCAGUGUCCAAUCCUACUCGCCAGCAUUCCCGCUUGGCUCGGUCAUUGUGGCCGCCUCGCUGGCCAAAGUCCUCAAGUCGAGCCUCGACGGCUACAAAGAAGGCGACAUCGUCCGCCACGGCCUUCCGGUCCAGGAGUACAAUCUCUUCACGCGAACAAAUGACUCAAAUCCCACGCCCACCAAAAUCGACCUGACCACCGCCCCAGAUGACAUCCGCCAUUUCCUAGGCGCACUGGGCAUGCCAGGCCUGACAGCAUACUCUUCGCUCUACGAAAUUGGCAAGCCGAAGAAAGGAGAAAUCAUCUUCGUAAGCAGCGCCGCCGGCGCUGUCGGCCAACUAGUCGGCCAAUUGGCUAAGCAUGAAGGCCUCACCGUUCUCGGCAGCGUCGGCUCCGACGAGAAGCUCGACUUCAUCAUCAGCGAGCUCGGCUUCGACGGCGGCUGGAACUACAAGACCGAAAAGGGCUCGACCAAGGAAAUCCUCGACCGCCUAACCAACGGUAAUGGCAUCGACAUCUUCUACGACAAUGUAGGCGGCGAGCAGCUCCAGGGCGCCCUUGAUAGCUUGAAUGUGUUUGGCCGCAUCGUCGCUUGCGGCCAGAUAUCCCAGUAUAAUCUGCCACCUGAGAAGCGGUAUCCAAUCACCAACACCUUCUUGACUGUCGUCCGCCGGCUCACCUGGACCGGGUUUCUGGUCGGCGAUGCGAACAUGGGCCCUGCAUAUGCUAAGGCGCAUCUAGAGAACGUCUCCAGGUGGUUGAAGGACGGUACAUUCAAGGCAAAAAUUCACGAGACCGUCGGGAUCGAAAAUGCCGCCGAGGCAUUUGUCGGAAUGCUCAAGGGUGAUAAUUUCGGGAAGGCUGUACUGAAGGUCAAGGCUUGA